AUGAGUCCUCAGGGUCUGGCUCUACCAGCUGCGUUGGCCGAGAUGGCCGAUAUCGGUUUCAAUAAUGAAUCGGAAAAUGAGAAUGAGACGUGUAGUUGCGAUUUCGAACUCUACGAAGAGUUCGAGGCGCUGGAGGAGACCUCGGACUGGUUUCGCAUGUGGACUGGCAACGACGAAGUCGACGGUAGACAAUUUUGUUUCUUCGGCUCGACUGGGGGAGGUGAUUAUGUCGGGUUCUGGCUGGUUCGUCCCAAUGUGGCUGUCACUGAGCAGCCCGUCGUCUACAUCGGUUCAGAAGGUGAGCUCGGUGUGGUAGCGAGGGAUCUUGGUGAUUUGCUCGUGCUGUUCGCGAACGGAUCGGGUCCGGCUGAGGCGUUUAAUGAACCGCGGCGUGAGACGCAGCAAAACGAGGCGUUCCGGGUAAUUGCAGAACGAUAUGCCCCAGGGAGGACUCUCUCUACUGUUGAGAUCGUCCGUAUUGCACAGGAGGAGUUUCCAACGUUUUCCGAGUCCAUCCACGCGAUGUGUCGGUGA